AUGAAGCUUUGGAAGAUUUGGCUUGCCUGGUUUCCUCCAUUUCGCGCUGAGACGAUAAUCGAUCUCCCUCAUAUGGACCUCCGUGACCCCACAGUCAACCAAUUCCCCAUCCUUUUCGCACAGCGCAAGGUCCAAAUUCAACUCAAGGACCACAUCGCCGCUUUCCACGAGCUGGUCACCCGGUACCCGGCCCCCACCUCCAAGGAAGCGCGCUGCAUGAACCUCAUCCGCAUGCAGCACAGGGCCCUCGAGUCGCACAUCUACCGCGACCUGCGGAUGUCGGAGGACAUCUACGAUGCAUUAAGCCCAGCACUCGCGGAGGCCAUCGACCUCUGCGAAGACACGAUCAACAUCCUCGAAGCCGACUUCGAACCUAGGAAUCUCCCAACAGUCGUCAUGGACCUGGUCGUCAUCUUCCCGCUCACCUGGGCUGUCUUGAAAUGUCGCCAUCUUCCAACAAGACUGCGCGCCGGUGGCCACGCUGGGAGGGACCUCACCACACGAGCACGUUUAUCGCCAUGGCGCAGGGAGCCAUCGACCUGGAGGAAAGCAUGCGCGAUCCAGUCACGGGUGUCAUCUCUGAAGAGGCGCUUGUCGCUGCCAUUAAUGUUGUCCAGAACGAGGGUUCUCGUUGUCCGGUGCUGGUGUAUACUUGUCGGACCCAGAGGAGACCAAGGUGGAGAUGCCGUUCCCGGUGAGCGCUGAGGGAGAGGAUAGAACGGGGGCGGGCUUUUCGGAAUGUAGGGCC